AUUAUAAAUAUAUCUAUAUAGCUAUAGUGUAAGGAUGAAGAAGCAAUUUAAUCGUAUGAGGCAGCUGGCCAAUCAGACUGUGGGAAGGGCUGAGAAGACAGAGGUUCUCAGUGAUGAUCUGCUGCAGGUGGAGAAACGACUGGAGCUGGUGAAACAGGUGACGCACAGUACGCACAAGAAGCUGACAGCUUGUCUGCAGGGCCAGCAGGGGACGGAGACUGACAAGCGAUCGAAAAAGCUGCCAUUAAUAACACUGGCCCAGUGUCUGAUGGAAGGCUCUGCGGUUCUUGGCGAUGAUUCCCUACUUGGGAAGAUGCUGAAACUAUGCGGGGAGGCGGAAGACAAAUUAGCUCAGGAGCUCAUACACUUUGAGCAGGAGGUGGAGAGGGAUGUAGUGGAACCGUUGUUCGUCUUGUCAGAGGUGGAGAUUCCAAAUAUCCAAAAACAGAGGAAGCACCUAGCCAAAUUAGUGCUGGACAUGGAUUCUUCGAGAGCGAGGUGGCAGCAAUCUGCCAAAUCUUCUGGUAUCUCCAGCAACCUGCAGCCCUCGGGAGCUAAGGCUGAUGCACUCAGGGAAGAAAUGGAGGAGGCAGCAAACCGCGUGGAGAUCUGUAGAGACCAGUUAUCGGCAGAUAUGUACAACUUUGUGGCCAAAGAAAUAGACUAUGCAAACUACUUUCAGAUGCUAAUUGAAGUGCAGGCUGAAUAUCAUCGAAAGUCUCUUGCUUUACUACAGGCUGUGCUGCCACAGAUCAAAGCUCAGCAAGAGGCUUGGAUUGAAAAGCCAUCUUUUGGAAAGCCCCUUGAAGAACACCUUACGGUCAGCAGCAGAGACAUCGCCUUUCCCAUCGAAGCCUGCGUCACGAUGCUUCUAGAAUGUGGGAUGCAGGAGGAGGGUCUCUUUCGAGUAGCGCCUUCGGCAUCAAAGCUGAAGAAGUUAAAAGCCGCUCUGGAUUGCUGUGUGGUGGAUGUAGCGGAGUAUUCUGCCGAUCCUCAUGCUAUUGCAGGUGCAUUAAAGUCUUAUCUUCGAGAGCUUCCUGAACCCCUGAUGACGUUUGAACUGUAUGACGAAUGGAUUCAGGCAUCCAACAUCCAAGAACAGGAGAAGAGGCUUCAGGCACUGUGGAACGCGUGUGAAAAACUUCCGAAAUCCAAUUACAACAACUUCAAGUAUGUAAUAAAGUUUCUCGCCAAGUUAACAGAAUAUCAGGACUCAAACAAGAUGACGCCAAGCAACAUGGCGAUCGUGCUGGGACCGAAUCUCCUGUGGCCGCAAGCAGAAGGAAAUAUAACCGAAAUGAUGACCACUGUAUCCCUUCAGAUUGUGGGCAUUAUCGAGCCUAUAAUCCAGCAUGCUGAUUGGUUCUUCCCAGGCGACAUAGAGUUUAACGUGACGGGUAACUACGGGAGCCCCGUACACACCAACCAUAAUGCUAACUACAGCUCCAUGCCCUCCCCGGACAUGGACCACUCAGACCGGAAGCAGCACGACCAGACACGGAGGCCGCUCAGCGUAGCCACAGACAAUAUGAUGCUGGAAUUUUACAAGAAAGAUGGCCUUAGGAAAAUUCAAAGCAUGGGCGUGAGGGUGAUGGACACUUCUUGGGUUGCCCGCCGCGGUUCUUCCUUAGUCCGCAAAGGCCCCUCCACCCCGCCCGCCAUGCAGCCCCCCGCUCCUCCGCUCGAUUCCGCAGCCACACCUCAGUCACCAAAUCCUGAUCUGUCCGUAGAAACUCCCUCCCCUACUCCUCCCAGUAGCGGCUCCCAACCGGGUCCUGAGAGGACAAGCGGAGAUGAGAUUUCGCCCCAGUGGUCGGAUUCCUGUUACAACUAUCCUUCCCCUGAAGAGGACAGACCCCUCUCGUACCCAUGCUCACAGCACCCUACCCUUCAUCCUCACCCUCCAAAAGUUCCACCAGCUUCCAGGCCUGAUGCCUACCGGUGGGCUGGGUACAGCCAGACCUUGCCUACCUCCCCUCCAAAGCUUGACAUAAACUCAAAUCCUAAACCCUGCUUUUUACACCUCACUAAGCAAAACUCUCUCACUGAACCCCACGCUUCUGAGCCUAACGUCUCUCCCCUCUACAUCAAAACCCCACUCGUCCUAACCAAACCUGACCCAUCUAGUACGCCUAACCUUCCCACAAUGUCAGCCUCACCCCCGUGGCUCAGCUGUUCCUGUGCCAGAGACAAGGGGACCAUGCUGACUAGCACGUUAAAAGGCAAGGAGCUUUCACCUAUUUCUGGACCAAAGGGAAGUCCAAGUACUGGGCAUAUGGUGUCUGCAGGUAGCAUGGGACUGAGCCAACUGUCGACAGAACAAAGUCCUCAUUCUCUUAGGAAAGUUUCCAAGAAACUAGCACCUGUUCCACCUAAGAUCACAUACAGUCAGACAGGAGCAGUGUCCGAUCAGUCCACGGGUCAGCCCUCUCCAGUCAGUCUUUCCCCAACUCCUCCGAGCACCCCUUCACCCUAUGGACUUACUUAUCAAGGUUCCUUGGCUAUGACUCCCAGUUUGUCUUCUCCCCCUCCACUGUCCAGCACUUUAACUAAAUCCCGGCCGACCCCAAAACCAAGACAGAGACCCUCGCUUCCUCCUCCCCAACCUCCCACCACCAGUCAGUCUGCUUCCAGUCCUCAGUCUGCUGAGAACAGCAUCUUAGAUGGUCUGUCACCGGGAGAGAGCAUGUCUACAGAUAUCAUCCAUUUUGACAUCCCAUCUAUCCUAAUAGAGAUUGAUACCGCCUUGCAACGUGACGCAAUGAAGCAGCGGCGUUCCGCAGAGGGACGAACGGAAUCGGAUGAGGAGUCAGAAAGCACGGCCCUCUGACAUUAGUAGUCCUCCGCCUCCCCUCCCCCCUGCUCCACCACAAUCAACAGCCAAACCUGUGCCAAGCUCUGUAUUAUACCCCUCAUUGUAUAAUUUAAGUUGGGGCGUCCUUCGAUAAAGGAUUGUAUUGAGUGUGUCUUUAUCCGCUCAUGAGGUUUGGAGUUCCAGACCCUCCUUGUGAGGUAUGUGAGGGGAGCAAAAGGAACACGUUUUCCUUAUCAUGUUUACUGUCCAAACUGCAAUCUUAACCUUUCCCUCCCAGUUGGGCUAGUAUCGCUGGUUCUGGAUUGCAACAAUACACCAAUUUAAAGUUUUUUGGACAUAUGUAGGCAAACCUCAGCCAUGUGAAAAGUGGUCUUUGCUGCUACGCUGUUGACAUGAACUUAAGAAAUGGCCCGCACCAUUCUGGUUUUUAAAGACCACUUUUUGUUAUCCCUCCGUAAAUGCUGCACAGUAUAGUGGUAUUAUGUUAUCUCUAUGCUUUUAUUUGCUCCUUUUUACCCCCGGAGAGUAGGCAGGAUUCAAAAGCGUGUGAGUACGCGGUUUGAGAGAUUGCCACUCUAUGGCACUCAGCUUUUCCUAGAUUGCAACCCACAUUAUCCUCAGCGAGCCCUAGAAUGACUAAACGUUACGAAGUUACUGUCCAACAGAAACUUUACCUGCCUCCUGCUUUUUGUAUUUCAAGCCUAUUUACUGGAUACCAAACUUUUAUAAAAUGCACCAAAUUAUAAAUGAUGGAACACCAUGCAAAUACCUACCAAGCCUGGACCACAUAGCUUUGCCGGCAUUGCAUAAUAUGAGUGGCAGUUCAGAACGCUUGGAUGCAUGAUCUUGUCCAACACUGCUCGCUACAGUCUCUGGUAGGUAUUGCUCAGACACCAUAAUGGAGGAGACCACUUUACACUGAAUUUAUACCUAGAGGUGCACUGCAAAGGAUUUUGGGAAGUGUCACGCUAAUGCAGGAGUUAAAAGCCAGCAGCUGUCCAGCCUCCGCUGCAGUUUUAGCUGUUGAAUGGCUUCUUACCAGGUCUACUGGCUCUGGGCUAUCCCAGAUGCGUUGUAUAAAAUGAAAUCCAUUUAUCUAAAAUAAAUUUAUCAACGAUAAAUAUGCAUUUUGCAGGGAUUUCCUGUUAAUUAGCAGAAGGAUCGAGGCUUUACCAAAUUGAAAUCGGAAUAUUUAAAGUUGGAAAAAAAAACAGCUUAAAGCAAAUCACAGAAUUUCACAAUUUUUCCAUAUUGCCCCUUUAAAAAAUGGUUCAUCUGUAGGCGGUUUUCUUGGGUCUCUACCCAUCAUAAACCCUUUGCCAAACUGCAUAUACCAGCUGUAAAUACACGCACACCUGCCGGAGAAGUCUGGUUAUUAAAUAAUUUUCCAAAUGCAAAUUUAUGUUUUAUUUUUUUAAUUUAUAAAUAUAUUUGUAUUUA